AUGCUCUCUAAUUUUUGUGAACCGUUUAGUGAAUGCACAGGAGCAAAGUCUGUGCACGUGUCAACAAGAGGCAGCUACAGGAAGCGGCUCCGUCAUCUGCUUCCUUUCCUGUCCUGUAUUCUCUGGCGCCAAAAUUCAAACACUAUUCGUGCUCGCAAAAUGUACUCACUGUCACAGGAGCUCCUCCGAGACUACCAUGAAAAUGAAGAAGAAGAAGAAGAAGAAGCUUCGAAUUCCAGGGCCACAGAUCCACUCUCUUACUUCGAACCAAGCAAGGCGGCUCCAUCUGCUUGCUCUGCUUCUCCAACCUCAUCUCCAACCGUCCACGUGUCCUACGCCCUCUCUCAGCUCUCUCAGGCCAUCUCCUCCGACCCCCCCUUCCUCCGCUAUAUCCUCGCCUUCCACCCUCACUUCCUCGUCUCGCCUCUCGUUCAUGCUCUCUCUUCCUUCGACGACGACCCCAUCGCACGACAUCUCAUUUCCGCUCUCUGCGAAUCAGCCGCUGCCUCGCUCUCUGCUGACUUCGUCGCUAGGGUUUCCGACCGCCUCUUUUCUGGUGCCUUGGCCUGGAGUCGCCGUCAGCUUUAUACGUUGGACGAAUUUGGUGAAAUCGAGCUUGAUUCUUCUACUGUAUCUAUUCUCCAAUACGCAUCAGAGGUUGGUGAUGGAACUGAUUUUUUAUUUGCCUUUUGCCCCAAGCUAUUGGACUUGUCUCUAGAGGCCCUCAUGAAGACCCAAAGCGAUGAUGUCCGCUUGAAUUGUGUAGGUCAGUUUUCCAUUCUUUAA